AUGGGGGCCGAGCAGCCCUUUCGGGAGAGGCAGAGGGAGGAGGAAUCGAGCGUGGAACCUCGUGAAGGAGAGCACGGCAGGCUGGAAGGGGAGAGAAUGCAGAAGAGGAAUCCCCGAGAGGAGUCGAGGCUUAGGUCACUAGCCCGCGGGGUUCGCGAGGAACUAAGCUGGAACUGUCGGAAGCUGUCCCUCGUACUACUAGUACUCUUCGUCACUGGCAGUCUUGGGCAGACCCGAUCUACCAUGCCACAGCAGAUACCGACCAGGGCAGAUUCCAGGAAUCUGAUGUGGAAUGGGGUUCCACCACAACAAGGCGCACAGCACGAGCAGCAGCAGAGUACCUGGUGUGUACUAGGAGGUAGUUGGGAGAACGCAGCGUGGAUGACAGGCGAGAGCGUUGCGAAAGUCGAGGCCGACAAGUCCAGACGCAGAAGAGCCGAGACGCAACGAGCCGACUAG